CCCGUCGCACGUCGCAGUCAAUCGCUCGGUGCCCGUUCCGCCUCCGGUCGCACCGCGCCCUGCCCUUCGCCACCUUCAGUAACACCAAUUCACUGCCCUCACAAAGCAGCGCAGGGCUGCAGGAGCUUGACCACACGGGCCCACAUGGAUGAAAAGAAAUGAAGAACUGAGUGGGAGAGAAGCAUUAGAAUGAGCUUGGAGUAGAUUAAGAGGUUGACGGGAUAUCAUGGGCUGGUGGACCUGUACCAUGCUUUCACUAGGUAAUCAGCAUCAGUAGCCUAAAUGCAUUGUCGGAAUGGCUAACUGUGGUACUAAUUACUGAUAAUCAAAGAUUAUGAUGGUUGCAUUUUGCCACAUCUUGUUCCAUCACAAUGCACAGUUAGUAAGCCAUUUGCUCAAAACACUGACGAUCCAGAUUCAAUCCUGAUCUCAGACGCUGUCUGUGUGGAGUUUGCAUAUUCCCUCUAUGACUGCGUGGACUUCCUCUCACAACCCAAAGACGUGACUGGUAGGCAAAUUAACUACAAUAAACUCCCCUUAUUGUUGAGUGGUAGAACAUGGGACUGAGUGGAUAAGAAUAUGGAGAGAGCCUACACGAGAAUGUAGGAUUGUGUGACUGGGUGGGUGGUUCAUGGUCAGUGAAGAUGGUGAGCCAAAGGGCCUAUUUCACACUGCAUCUCUUUAUGACACUAUUUAAAUAUUUAGAGAUACAGUGCAGAAAAGGUCCUCCCAGCCCAACAAGCUGCACCACCCAGCAACCCACCUCUUCUCACUGUUACCAUCAGGAAGGAGGUACAAAAGCCUGAAGACACACACUCAGUGAUUCAGGAACAGCUUCUUCCCCUCUGCCAUCCAAUUCCUAAAUGGACAUUGAACCCAUGAACACUACCUCAUUACUUUCUUUAAAACAACUAUUUAAUAGACGUAUUAUAUACAUUGUUACGAAUGUGCCACAACUCUGAGGGGCUGAAGGGUACAAAGUAGCCCCCUCCUUUUUGAGAAUCGCAAGAUCGCUAUUAAUUCGGGUCUGGGACCCAGGAAAUGAGAGAGAGAGAGACGUCCAGAAUACACAGGCUUGGAAUGUGUCCUGGCCUCAGCGAAAACGGAACCCUUGAUAACGGCUAUUGUCUCUUGGAGAUGGAAUUGUGUAUUGAGUACUGUACUAUUCAUUGAAGCCCUCAGGGAAUGACCAGAGUGGGCUGGUUGAGGGAUUGCAUCAUCCCAACCUGACUGACAUCUGAGACCCCGUGAGUAAGGAUAAAAGAGGGUCUGGGGAACAACCCCUUCAGACGCACCAGGAGAAACGCUAGAAAUCCCGUGACAGUGUUUAAUAGCGACAGCCGGUGGAGGGCUCACGUGCGUCCUUUUCCCUUGCCUGGGAAUUGGGGCCUUACCAUGGAAGAACGGCUUAGCAAAAGGAGUGGCCACACGUGACCAGCUACACGAACGGAACUCUCGAAGGAUCGACAUCAUAAAAAGGAAAAGCUGGCAAGUUUCUAAAAUCUCUCUCAACUCCAACCAAAGACUGCAGCCUGAAUGAACUGAGUGACUUUUAUAUUUCCAUCGGACAAUACAUUAUCCCCUAGACAACGAUAGAGCUUAUUUCUUAUUGAUUAUUAUUAUACCCGCACUUUUAGAUUUAGUAUUGACGACGUUUAUUAUCUCUAUGUUUGCAUUGAUAUUAUUUUUGUGUAUUUUUACUAAUAAAUACUGUUAAAAAUAGUACCAUCAGACUUCAAUGGACCUCUCUAUCUUUGAUGGUAAGUGACUCAGUUACUGGGUUCGUAACAAAGUGGGGAUCUCGUCUCGAGAUUUGAUACCAAAUUGGAGGGCCAGUGAAUCGGGCUUAAGUCCAAAUGUGGGUCUGGUUGCGCGGGUAGCCAGACGGGAAACCAGCAAAGAUGGACGUAGACAAAUUUAUAGAAAACCCGACUCUGGAGGCGCUAGAGGCGGCCUCAAAGUUGGAAUUGAUAAAUAUUGCGAAAGGACUAAGCCUCGCAGAGGUGAGGUUGUCAAUGAAAAAGCAGGAGGUGCGGAGGGCCAUAACUCAGUAUUAUAUUUGUGAAGAAUGUGUUUUCAGCUGAGGUAUUGGAAAAUAUCCCUGAAAAGGUACCAGCUAGUGGGACAGCUCAGUUAGAGUUGGAGAAAUUAAGGUUGGAACAUGACAAUGGUAAAGCAGCUGGAAGCAGCUGAGAAGGAAAAAGAAAGGGCCAACAAGCAAAGGGAGCAUGCGCUCCAGCUAAAGGAGAUGGAGGUGAAGAAGGAGCAGGAAAGAGCUGAGAAACAAAGGGAGCAUGAAAUUCAGUUAAAACAGCUGGAAGCAGCUGAAAAAGAGAAACAGAGGUAACAUGACUUGGAUAUGGAGAAGUUAAGGCAAGAGCGAAGAGCUCAAGGGUCAGACCGAGAGGAGCAGUUUAAUGUUAGUCGGGAGUUGAGGUUAGUACCUCUGUUAGAGGAGACGGAUGUUGAUAGUUAUUUCUUGCAUUUUGAAAAGGUGGCAGUGAAUCAGAAGUGGCCCAAAGAGCAGUGGGCGGCUUUGUUACAAAGUGUGUUAAAAGGGAAGGCACAACGGGCAUAUGCAGCGUUGUCCAUGGAGGAGGAAGAAUUUGAGAAUUAUGAGAAAGUAAAGGAGGCCAUUCUUCAGACCUAUGAAUUGGUACCUGAAGCCUAUAGACAGAAAUUCAGAAAUUUAAAGAAAGGGUGGAAUCAGACGUAUACCAAGUUUGCCUAUGAGAAGGGUGUGCUCUUGGAUCGUUGGUGUGCAGCAGAAAUAGUGGAAGAAGAUUUUUGGCGUCUCAGGGAGUUAAUUCUGAUUAAGGAAUUUAAAGGUUGUGUUUCGGAUGAUAUCCGGAUGUAUUUGAAUGAGAAGCCGAAUAAGUCCAUCUCCGAAUUUGCUAGGUUCACAGAUGAAUAUGCCCUAACCCACAAGACAAAGUCUUCCUCAAAUAAAAGUUACCAGAGAGACUGUGGGAACGGUAGAGAAAGCCCGCCGGCUGAGGCAGAGGUUCCGCUGGGAGCUAGUGGUAAGAUUGAGAAGGAGAGGCAAGAUGGCAGGAGAGUUCCUGACUUGACCUGUUUUAAUUGUGGAAAGGUGGGUCAUAUUGCAUCUAGGUGCCUUGCUCCGAGGAAGGAGACAGGAAAAUGGAAAGCAGCAGUCCCUAUUGGAUGUGCUGUGUUAAUCAGUAAAUCGACAAGAGAGCCCUGGGUAGACAGAGUACGAGAAGGAUCUGAGACUUGUAUGUCAAACGGAACCGUAUCUGUGAGGGAGGGAGACACACCAGUUCCAGUACGGAUCUGGAGAGACACGGGGGGCUGA